AUGGCGGCGUGGCGGUAUUUUGGACCUCGCCACGGCGACGCCAUGCCGCCGAAAACUAUGGCGUCCGCCACAGAAGGAUGGCGUCGCUAUGGCGUCGUUAUGGCGUCCGGUAGCGUCACGUUGCAUAUGGCGGACGCCAACAGAACACCUUCUCGGCUCCUCUGCGCCGCAUCCUCCUCCGGCGCCGCAUCCUCCUCCGCCGGGGCGCAGCGGCCAGGAUUUCCUCCUCUGGCGCCGCUUCCUCCUCCGCUGGGCAUCCUCCUCCGGCGCCGCAUCCUCCCCCGGCGCCGCUUCCUCCUCCGCCGGGGCGCAGCGGCCAGGAUUUUCCUCCUCCGCCGGGGCGCAGCGGCCAGCAUCUUCUUCCUCCGCCGGGCCGCUGCAGUUCCUCAGUCGCCGGAGCGCUGCAGUACCUCCUCCGCCGGGGCACAAGCCCACAGGCUCCUCCGCUGGGCCACAGCCUCCUCCGCCGGGCCACAGCCUCCUCCGCCGAACAGCCGCUGCAGUUCCUCCGCCGGGAGCCGCUGCAGCUCCUCCUCCACCGGGCUGCUGCAGUGCUGCACUUCCUCCUCUGCCGGGCCGCUGCACUUCCUCCUCCGCCGGGCCGCCGCAGUGCUGCACAUCCCUCUCUGCUCCCGUGCGCCGUGCUCCCCGAACAUGGCUACUCAAGGGACUAGAAGUGCGGAGGCCUCGGACGCCGCAUCAAAUUAUGAUCCAAAGACUGAUCCAAAGCGCAAGCCAGGAAGGUCAAAUGAUCCUGGAUGGAAAUAUGCAUUUUGGCUGACUAUUGGUAAUAGAGAUCUCUUGCAGUGUUGCUUGUGUGAUAGAACUGUAACUGGAGGAAUUACAAGGCUCAAGGAGCAUCUUGUGGGUGGUUAUGGAGAUAUUCUGAAGUGUGCCAAAACCACACCAGCUAUUGCUCAGGAGAUGCAAGCUGCUUUGAAGGGCAAGAAGAGACCACUUUUGCUUGAUGAUGAUGGAGAGCUUCAAGGAGAAGAUGAUGAUGUGCUUGAUGUGACAGAGGAGUCCCAAGAUGCUUCUAGAAGCAUUGUGCAUCCUAGUUCAGGGACAGCUGCCAAAAGGAAACAAUCUAGCUUUUUGAAGUUCAGAGCACCAAAAGAGUCCAACACAAAGUCAGUCGGUUCAAUGCUUAGGAGAACUCCAAAAGAGGUUGUGGAAGAAAGACAUUCGAAGGGUCCUUCUCAGAUCAGUAUCCAAGCUAGCAUGAGGACAAAAGAAGAAAGAGAAGCUGUCAACUUGGAGUGGGCCAGGUUCUUUUAUGAGUGUGGCAUACCAUUCAAUGCCGCAAAUUCUAGGCAAUUUGAGAUUGCUAUAGAGGCCACUGCACAAUAUGGUUCUGGGUACAAGCCUCCUACCUACCAUGAGCUUAGGGAGCCAUUACUCGAGAAGGUUGUUAAGGAAACAGAUGAUUUGAGGAAGAGGCAUGAGGAUGCAUGGAAGCAAUAUGGUUGCACAUUAAUGUCAGAUGGAUGGACGGAUAGGAGAGGGCACCAUUUGAUCAACUUCCUAGUCAAUAGUCCGGAGGGGACUUUCUUCUUAGAGUCGAUUGAUGCAUCAAGUGAAGUUCAUGAUCAAGUGAUGCUAGCUGAUUUGUUAGAGAAGAGAAUAAGCAACAUUGGCGUUGAUAAAGUUGUGCAAGUUGUCACUGACAAUGGGGCUAACUAUAAGGCAGCGGGAAAGCUUCUCAUGGAGAGGUUUCCUACGCUUUAUUGGACACCUUGUGCUGCACAUUGCUUGGAUCUUAUGUUGGAAGAUGUUGGAAAGUUGAAGGCAUUCAAGAAGCCUAUCUCACGUGCCCGUCAUGUCACUACUUUCAUCUAUAGGCAUGGAAGACUUCUUAGUGCAAUGAGGGAGAAGACAGGUGGUAGGGAUCUUGUGAGACCAGCAGCAACUCGGUUUGCUACCACAUUUCUCACCUUACAAAGUUUGCACAAGCAUAGAGAUGCAUUGAGAUAUCUGUUUACCUCUGAUGAUUGGACGAGUUGCAAACUAGCAAAGACAGAGGCCGGGAAAAAAGUGUAUGAUAUUGUGCUUUCUAGGGAAUUUUGGAAUUCUGUUGAGGAUUGCCUUAGAGCUUCUCUACCACUUAUCAUUGUGUUGAGGGUGGUUGAUGGUGAUGAGAGGCCUGCCAUGCCAGAGGUUGCUUCUCUCAUGAAUCAUGCAAAAGAGAGGAUAAAGGCCGCCUUCUGUACUGAAAACAAGAGAAGCUUGCUCAAUAAUAUCUUACAAAUUAUUGAGGGUCGUUGGGAUAGGCAAAUGGACACCCCGCUCUAUGGUGCUGCCCUCUUUUUGAACCCAGGAAAAUUCUAUGCCAUCCAAAAAGAGAAUGAUGAAUAUGUUGGGCACCUAAGGGGUUGUUUCAAUGAUGUGCUUGCACGAAUGGUGGAAGAUGAGACCCUUCGAAACAAAAUUGAAGAACAAUCCAUGCUCUACGAAGAUCAACGUGGAGGCAUCUUCAAGAAUUGUAUGGCCCUUCAAACUAUGAAGUCAAAGAACCCUCUUGAUUGGUGGCGUGCGUAUGGUGGCCGAUCUAUUGACUUACAAAGAUUUGCUAAGCGUAUUGUUAGUCUUUGUGCUUCAUCAUCUGGUUGUGAGCGUAAUUGGAGCACUUUUGAAUUUAUUCAUACAAAGAAGAGAAACCGGCUAGAGCAUAAAAGAUUGAAUGAUUUGGUUUAUGUUGCCUACAAUCGGAAAAUGACUAGUAGGUUCCAAAAACGCCGUGAGGAAGCGGGUAAAAGCUAUGAUCCUUUGGUUAUGGAAGACUUUGAUUGGGAAAAUGAAUGGGUUGAUCCAACGGCCCAACCUCAAUGUUCUAGUGCUUUGGACAUCACAUGGGACCAAGUUGAUGAAGCAAUUGGUGCAUCACAUGAGCUUCGAGGUCGUAACCUUCCUAGGACCUACGCUCGUCGUGCAAGACAUAUAUCAAGAGUGGUUGAAGAAGAAAGAGUGGUUGAAGAUGAUGAGGAGGAAGGAGAGGAAGAAGACAUCAUUGUGGAUGAUGUUGAUGUUGAUGAUUUUGGUGACAAAUCAAUGGAUGCUACUGAAGAUGAUGCGGAGAACAUGGAUGCUUCAAACGAUUUCGAUGAGUUUGCAUUGGAUGACUUUUGAGAGAUGAGAGAUUUGAAACUUUAAAUGAUGAUUGAUGAGAGAGUGCUAUGUCUUUUGUGCUACAUUUACAUUACUAUUUAUCUUAUGUGCUA